GUAUACGGACUAAGUAUUUAUUACUAAUAAAAAUUCUCAUAAAAAUCGUGCAUCAUUAUUUCUCGUAGAACAUCACGCUCUGACUGCCCGGAGAACCACACAGGAGAAGCUAGUAUCAAUUACAUAUAUCUGUGUUUCGAAUGACGAAAAAUGAUGUCAUGUAAAUGACAAAUUUUUAGUACAACUGUUUUCCCGCAUGUCUAGAAAAUACAGAAAAUAAUUGUUUGUAGUUCAAGUUUGAAUGUGUUGCAAUGAUUUAGUUGAAAUAACAAACUCUGUUCAUAAACUCGAAUGAAUUUUAGACGCAUUUUGUCGAAAAGUUCUUUGAAGUCUUCGUCAUCUUCGGAAAAGAGCCAACCGGAGGAGGUCAUAAAAUUACAAAGUGAAAUUGAAUUACUAAAGCAAACAAUCGAUUCUUUGAAAGUCUCAAUAGAAAGUAGAGAUGCAGCCAUAGGUACACUAGCUCGUGAAAAAGAGAAAAUAUAUGUUGAACUCAAAAGUGCACAAAGAACAAACAGGAACUUACAUCAACAACUUGUAGAUGAAAGGGACAUACAUUCUAAGGAAAAGGAUUUUCUCAUAAAUGAGAUUAAGAGAUUGACUAAACGAAACGAGAAUGAAACGAAUGCUCAAGACAAUAGAGAUCAAUUCGAAGAUCAAGUGAAGAACGCUUUAAGUGACGAGUUAAAAGCUAAAGAUGAAGUAAUUUAUAAUAUUGGUGCUAAGUAUUUAAAAAUAAAAUCAAGCAAAACAUUUUUCCAAAAGAAGCUUGAAAAGUUACAGGCUCAAAACAAGAAGACGUGUGAAAAUAUUAUAUUAUUGCUACAAGAUAAUAGAAAAACUUUGGAUAGUCUGUUAGACAAAUUGCUUAAAUCAUCUUCGAUCUCUCCGAACAGUCGAAAGUAUUUAAAACUGUUGCAAAUCAAUGCCAGCUUACAUUAUGAAAACACUCAACUUAAAAUAUAUUUAUCAUCUCAUCAAGAUCGUACCAGCAAUGUAACACAAGACGCCUCUGAUAAAUACUGUCCCAUUAUUAAACAAACAUCCUCUGGAACCAAAUCCGAGGAGAAAAUGAACCCUCUUUCAAUUAAUUCAAUGAUGAAAUUAUUAAACGCCCAUGAAUUUGAAGGUCUCAAGAGUUUCAAAUAUAUUCAUAGAACUUUUUCGCCAAAUGUUCGAGGUACGAUUUAUAGGUCAGUUUCAGAUUCAUGUAUCGUGAGAUCGACUAUAAGUGAAUUAUGCUAGUAUUAUACUUGAAAUGGGUAAA